UUCAAUCCAAGUCUGAAUUAAAUUCUGUUCAUGUCUCUUCAUUUCAACCAUUUCAAUGAAAAUAUUUGCUUCCAAUGACACUCACUAUUUCCAAUAUUAAAUGGCAACAGCCAGAAGCAACCAGAUGGAUGGAAAAUUUGGCCUUCCCAUCCUCUUGCUGAUUGAUUUAUCUAAUCAUGGGAAAAUGUAAUCUUUUUGCUGACUCGAGUGAUCGUGAUAAUGUAACGGGAAGAGAUUCAGUCAUUGAAUCUUUACAAUAAUUUAAUUUGUUAUUUUGUCUCAGUACAAUCAACAGCUUGAACGUGCUUCAAUUGUAUUCAAAAUGUUACUUUAUUACCUUUUGGCCAGUUUGGCCAGUUUAACCUUCACCAAUGGGUUCAAAGAAGGCCUUUCCAUCUCCACUAUUUACCAGCAACCCGAACAAGUCCACCUUUCAUUAGGAGUCAAUCCAUCGGAAAUGAUAGUUACCUGGACUACUUUCGAUCCAAUUAGUUUACCUUCGGCUGCAUAUGGAAUCUCAACGCUUAAUGAAACAACUUACGGAUAUUCAACCAAAUUUGUUGAUGGAGGCUCAGAAAAACGAGUCAUGUACAUACACAGAGUUACAAUGAACAAUCUUAAACCAGAUCAAAAGUAUGUUUACCGAGUUGGCAGUGAUGCUGGUUGGAGUGAAAUUUUCUGGUUCAAGACUAUUAAAGAUGGUGUUGAUUGGAGUCCAACUUUGGCUGUAUUUGGUGAUCUUGGCAAUGAUAAUGGAAAGUCGAUUCCAAAGUUACAACAAGACUCUCAGGAUGGAGCAUUUGAUGCCAUCCUUCAUGUUGGAGAUUUCGCUUAUGACUUGGACUCGGAUAAUGCACGAGUUGGCGAUCAAUUUAUGAGACAAGUUGAACCAUUUGCUGCUUAUGUACCUUACAUGGCAACUCCCGGAAAUCAUGAACAGGCCUACAAUUUCUCCAACUAUGUUAAUCGUUUUACAAUGGUUGAUACCAGAAGCAAAGAGAUCAACAACCAUUUUUACAGCUACAACAUUGGUCCAGCUCACUUCAUCAGUUUUUCAACAGAAUUUUACUUUUUCUUCGAAUAUGGCUGGAGUCAAUUGUACACUCAAUUCAAAUGGUUAGAGGAGGAUCUGAUUGAAGCUAAUAAACCAGAGAACCGAGCUGUUCGUCCUUGGAUUAUCACACUUGGACAUCGGCCAAUGUAUUGUAACAGUCUUACUAAAGAUGAUUGCACUUUCCGAGAAUCAAGGAUUCGCAAAGGUAUUCCAGUCGUAUAUGAGCUUGGCUUAGAAGACCUGUUCUACAAGUAUGGUGUUGAUCUGGAAAUUUGGGGUCACGAACAUUUCUAUGAGCGAUUGUGGCCAAUUUACAACUUGAAGGUUUACAAUGGAAGCUUGGAUGAACCUUAUACCAAUCCUAGUGCUCCAGUCCAUAUAACUACUGGUUCAGCGGGUUGCCAAGAAGGUCUUAAUCCUCCAGUUUCAGAUCCAACUGAUUGGAGUGCUGUUAGAAUUGAAGAUUAUGGAUUUUCUCGGAUGAAGAUUCAUAACCGUACUCAUUUAACUUUUGAGCAGUUAUCUGUUGAUCAGGAUCAUAAAAUUGUUGAUAGUAUUACCAUAAUAAAGGAUAAACAUGAGCCUUAUCCUGCACGAAAAGCUACUCAUAAUUGAAAGCUCGUAACUUUUAGACUACAUUUUUAACCGACUUUGUGAUAUCAACCCGAAUCAUCUGAUAUUUUAAUUUUAAUUGCUAGAAAACAAUGCAAAAUU